UACUCUGCUCAUACGUACGUAGAAUGAAGUGUAGCAAGAAAAUAUUUACCUGCAAAACUUUCAGAACAAUUCUAAUUAUUUCAAUCGCUGGUAAAAUCUCUAGAUUUUAUUUAUUUUAGCAUGCCUCGCUUAAUUUUAUCUCGUUCGGCUCAACUGGUUUCCUAUUUCGACGCGAGUGAGGGGUGCCGCAUAUCAUAUCACAUCGUUUUGAAAGUCUGUCUGUCAAAGACAGACUUCGCCUCUAAAAAUAAACAUACGUACACGCUCACAAAAUGUUACGAACGAUAUUUCCGAUUAGAAUCAGCAAAACUAGUGUUUAAAACUUUAUUUUAAAAUAUCUGUGCUGCUGCAAAGAUUGGCAUCGUUGUGCAUUUUGCGUGUACGUUAGGGUGUGGUGUGUGGUGCUACUGGUCACUUAUCCUUAUCAACCUUGUCAAUGGGGAAGUCUCUAUUCUUCGUCAGUCGCACCUUAUUCGCAUCCUCGCUGUGAUUCCUCAUCAGAUAUUUUUUGCAUAUUUUGUUGGUGAAAGUGGAUGCAUGGGACGACUUGUACUGCCAAUAUAGUUUAACUACGAAGGCAUAGUUAGUAAAGUUAUAUACCUACAAGUGAUCACAUUGUAAUUCGACGACCAAUUCUCUCAACCUGUGUAGCACAUUAUAUCUGCCACAAACAAAGCAAAGUAAAUGGAGACUACGAAAAGUAAUAAUAAUCGUAAUGACAUCCGCAUUACUGUUUGAUUGUAUUUGAAUAUAAUCAUGCUGUAGAUUUUUAGACAAAUUUUCUUGUACUUACUUCCUGACAACUCCAUUCUCAAAGUGCAUAACAAUAAUAUUCCAUCCAACUACAUAACAUGCCGAGAAGACAUCAAAUCAUCCAGUUUCCGUCGUUCUGUGCGUCGUGAUUUACUUGUGAAUACCGUGUCGUUCCUGGUUCUUUCUUUCUCUCAUUCAGGAAAUUAGACAAUUAAGCUAAAACGUCGGUUAAAUGAGUAUUGACCGAAGAAAAGUAUGAAAAUCGGCUUGUGGCUUCAAACUAUAUUUAUUUUACUGGAAUUGUUUCUCUUUAUUACUCCAGAAGUGGAAUGCUUCACAAUUCCGAUUUCAGUUUCGACUGGAAUGGCGAUCAUCAUGGCUUUAGUAAAGGUGAAGGCUGUCAUUGUCAAAGUAUUGCUGGGGUUGAAGGCAAUGGGUUAUGAGAGUUUCGUGUGGCGAACAAAUAGAAGAAAACGGUCGCCAAAUGAAAGUGAUGAAUUGCUCGAAGCGUGGAAUGAUCUCCAGCAGACAGUUGGCAAAGUAAUUGACUUUGAUUUAGACUCCUGUUUGGAUUCGUCAACGCCUAAAAGUUCGAGACAUGGAUUACUUUUGUGGGGAGAAGAUAUACAAAAUCCAAACUUAAAAACGGAUAAAGAAUAUUCAACAUGGGUCAGUAAAACACUGGGUUCUUUGGUACAGGAUCCACUCGCCUGCCGAGUUUUAGCCGAAAAACUUCAACCACCAAAAAUUUCAGUUAAAACGAACAAACGUGGUUCCAAAACUUUCAGUUGACAUUAAGCAUUAUUUAUGUACUUAAAAUUUGUUUGUGUACAAUUUUUGUAUAGCAAUUGGUGUCUUUAGUUAUCUAGAAAAUAGAUUUUACUCAUGUAGAAUGUAGAAAAUUGGGGUGCAAUAUUUGGUUAUGGAAUCGACUGGAGUAAAAAUACUGUGAUAAUUCUGGAUGCGUUGGUUCAUAAAUAUUUUCCAUUCACCGAUUUUUGUUAUUGCUUGUUACGAAAUGUGCCAUAGAUUAUCAUGAAUGGGUAUACCAAACUAUUCUACUCCUACUAAACUACAGGUCAUUUUACACAUACAAAUAUAUUUUGUGUUUUAAUUUUGCUAUGUUAAUAAAUGAAAUGAACAGUCAAACUAAA